CUCAAAGAGUUCCGUAGCUCAUGACGCGCGCGCAGACCGACGGUUAGUUCCUGGUGGGAAACUUGUACCUCCCCGCGGGAACUGUGUCGUGUCUUGACAACAAGCGAUGGCGCUCAAUUAUCAGGCAUCGACUCUGUCUCUAACUUUGCCCAUUUCCUGUCAAAUUUGCCUCGGAAAGGUCAGGCAGCCGGUCAUUUGUGCCAACUACCACGUGUUCUGUUCGUCCUGCAUGGAAGUGUGGUUAAAGAAAGCCGGCCAGUGUCCCACCUGCAGAGUGCCCAUCACAGCAGAGAGUCCGUGCAGAGAGAUCAUCGGGGGGACGAAUGAAGGCGAUCACAGUGACAACACAUCCAUGAGAAAAUGUCUCCGUAAAACCAGAGGAGAGCUGCUUUUACGGGAGUAUGAGGAAGAGAUCGAAGGGCUUAUGAGAGAAAACGAGGAGCUGAAAGUCAAAACUCAAAAUCUGGAAACCCAGCUGAAGACCGCAUUGCUUCCUACCAGCAUAAAUGCAGUGGAAGCAGAUGAAAAGAGGGUCCCUCACUUUGUUGUAGAGGAAUGGAAGAACAAGCUGCAAGCAGCCACAGAUGUUUGUGAUCAAAUAAAGCAGGACAUGGACAAACUGAAAGAGGCAAAUAAGAUCCUGCGUUCUCAAAAUGUAGACCUUGUCCAAGAGAACAUGAGACUUAAAGCAGAAGUGGCGAGCAGAUCUCCUCAGAAGUUUGGUCGAUACACAGUUGCAGCGCUGGAAGCCAAGUGUCAGCUGUAUGAGCGUGAUGUCGACCACUUAAAACGGGCUCUGGAACGCAGUGACCAGUACGUCGAUGAGCUAGAGUCCCGACUCAGGAAAUGUGAAAAUAGGAAUCCUGAAGCCCACGAGGCGUGUGGGACGGCGGCAGAUGCUCUCACACAGCAACAGAGGUUGAACAUGAUGAUGAGAAGCUUAAGUGAGGAAGAAAGAAGGUUGAUCUGCAGCAAUCCAGAGGCAGAGUCUCAAGCGUUUUCCAAAAAUCCCAGUGUUUUGUUCAUGUCAGGAACUCCCAAAGAGUUCAAGAAGAGCCUGGCUGGAGAGCAGAAGAAGGAAAACCCUGAAAGCACCUCCUCUGACUUCUCUCCUGCAACUCCAUCAUCUGCCUUCCAGUCUCUGACCUUGAGAAGCCCUGGCAUCCGUGAGAAGAAAGUCACAUUUAAACCUAUAUCUUAUCAAAAAAGACUUGAUUUUGAAGAAUUGUCUGGUACCAGGAAGAUGAGUUCUGCCUUAGAGAGCAAAUUUGCCAGCCUCGAGAAGUUUCCAAAAGGCUCAUCUUCAAAUAUAACAGGGUCUCCAAAGUCAGUCUUUUGGGGUUGUUGGGAAAGACCCCAUGCUGACAAUCCAUCGUCUUCAGACCCGAGUACAGAAAAUCCAGUCAAGGAAUCCCCAUCUGCAGUUUCAGCAGGUGGUGAAGUUGAUAGUUUUCAGAUGGCAUGUGAGGCUUCCAUGGAUGCAGCUUACCUGGACAAGAUCUCAGAGUUAGACUCCAUGAUGCUUGAUGGAGAGAGUUCCAGCAGCCGUGGAUCACAGCUCUCUUUAGGUUCCCCACCUCCUGCAGACUUAGACAGAACUCUUGUUGCAGAUUCACAAACCUGCACCGCUGUAUCGAGUUCCGGUGACACAUGUGCAGAUGGAGAUCAGAAGAACCUGGAUUUAGGUGACGUUAAAGAUGACACCAAAAACAUCAUAGAGGCUCCCAAAAGCUCUGUAGAGGAUGCUUUUGAUUCUCAGACCUCAAGUAGAAAUGGGGCAGAGAGUGUCCCGGUUAGUUCAGAGCGAGGGUGGCCCUCUCAGAACGAAGAACUGUCUUUUGACUUGUUGUUUGACGCUACUGAUGAUAUCAAGGCUGGACCGUCUGGCUCCUUCAGCCCCGUAAACCAACACCAAGAUCUUGAUGUUGCAUAUCGUCUGUCCUCUUCCUCUGGUGGGAAGCCUGUGAGUUCAAGAAACAAACACACACUUAACGGCGGUCAACCAAUAAAGAGAAAGUCUCACAGUCCCUUUAAUACAAACAGUCCUACUAAACUCUCAAAGCUCAUGUGAAGAAAAUAAUCAACAGAUCUCCAUGUUUAUCAGGUUUCACUGGAAAAUAGUUAGAAACUUAUUUUCACAUUGGUUUAGAACAUUUGUGCAAUUGUGAUGCUAGGAUCUAACUUUCUGUCUGUCUUGUAUUUUCUUGUUCAAAAUUGUCAAAGAAAAGAAACAUGUUUCUUGUUGUUGGUGUUGUACUCUGAAGUGAGUAGAAAGGAAGAAACCUUGAAAGACCAGCCUAAACAUAACUGAUGGACAGCUUUCAGACACAAAUCUGGUUUCUGUCAUUUCCGGCUCUUUGUCGGUUAAGUUUAUGCAGAUUUUUGGAACGGAAAUGAGACCAUUGUUGGUUACUGACAUGCUGACUUGAAAAUGGAUUUUUGUGUGUGUUAGGAAAUAAAGUAAUGCAAUUGAAAAAAUGGAUUAAAAA